CAGGCAGUGACUCGCCAGAACAGGCUAACUCGCUCCCGGCUUUGGUUCGAGAUGGAAAGCUUUUCGGCCUCCCUUUACCGCACGGGCUACAGCGGCCGCUUCGGGGGUGAGUCUGCCCGGGACGCCCCGGCGUUCUCUGCAUGAAAACGGUCUCAGUGUUUCUUAUCUGGAACUAAGAGUGUUAUUAGUUGUACUACUUGUAUUAGUUGUAAAUACUUGGUAUUGCUUUAUUUUUUUCCUUUUUGUUUCUUUUUUUUAAAUGACGGAUUUUAGGCUUUGCAUAAAUACAUUGGAAAUUUCUAAGUUGCCUACCUGCAGAUUCUCGUGAUCGUCCGUUAAAAUGUCACUCGUACUACAUUUGAAUUGAGUCACUUUUACGAACAAACAUUUUGACAUUGUGGAGUAGCGGGUAUUUCAUCUCUAGGGCAUUUAAAGCUGUGCAUGGGUCGGGCUGGCUUGGCACCGCAGUCAGGAGGCGGACAUGUCACUGAUGCCUGUGCCACUUUGUCGGCUCUUAACGGCUGGAGCUGUGAAGCCGCUUGUCAUGCAUGGGGUCACUGUAAAGUAGAAGCGCGUUUCAACGGCAUGCUCUCACAGAAUGCCCGCUGUAAUGCAUGGCCAUUCCCCGUAAAUCACUUUGCGUUGCAGCGAUGCAUUUCAGCACCAGUGCGGCGGACAGCUCCUGGUGGACAAACGCAAGGAGCGCAAGAAGCAAGUGAAAAAAAAUAAAUAGAAGAAAUGCCUCUGGUUGCAUGCAGUCUCGUGACGUUACAGUUAUUUAAACUAGUUUAAUUAUGUUGAUUAUUUGUGAAACAGACGUGAACUAGCAGCCACAUACUCUGUACUACUAUAAUGUUUUAAUAUGUAUGAGCUGACAAAAUUUGCUUCCUGCUGGAUAUCGGGGGCUCGGAAUAAUCUUGUCUAGCUGGCCCUGAAACACCCAUUGAAGACACUGUACUUAAAUCCAAGAUGGUGUUCUGUGACCGACGCCUGUAAUGCUCAGCACUUUUACUCAUAAAAAAUUAAUUGUCAAAGUAGGUGUUUUACACAGCAUCUGCCGCCAUGCGGUCCCUUCUCCUGCAGGUGGCGCUGCAAUGUGCCUGGUGCUUUGGCUGCUCCUGCUGAGCUCCAGCCCGGCCACAGCAUGCCCGCGCCUCUGUGUCUGCUACCCCUCCCCCAUGACGGUCAGCUGCCAGGCUCAGAACUUCACAUCGGUGCCGUCCGGCAUGCCAUACAGCUCCCAGCGCGUUUUCCUGCAGAACAACCAGAUCACCGAGCUGCGUGUCGACUCCUUCGGCUUUGGAACGCAGGUCCUCUGGCUCUUCUCCAACAACAUCACCUGGAUCGAGGCUGGAGCCUUCAGUGACCUGCGCGAGCUGGAGGAGCUGGACUUGGGGGACAACCCGACCCUGCGCCGUCUGGAGGGUGGCGCCUUCCGGGGGCUUGAGCGCUUGCAGAGCCUGCACAUGCACCGCUGCCGGCUGGCCGCCCUGCCCCACGACCUGUUCCACAAGCUCUACAGCCUGCAGUUCCUCUACCUACAGGAGAACCAGCUGCACUUCUUGCAGGACGACCUCUUCUCUGACCUCGUCAACCUUAACCAGCUGUUCCUGCACGGCAACCGCAUCCGCACCGUCUCGGAGCACGCCUUCCGUGGCCUGGUCAACCUGGACCGGCUGCUGCUGCACGACAACCGUAUCAAGCAGGUACACCGCCGGUCGUUCCGCGACCUGGGCCGCCUCACUAUGCUCUUCCUCUUCAACAACUCGCUGGCAGAGCUUCCAGGCCAAGUCCUGCGGGACGCCGGUGCCGUCCAGUUCCUCCGGCUCAAUGGGAACCCGUGGUCCUGUGGCUGUGAAGCCCGGCAGCUCUGGGAGUUCUUCCGCGGGUCCCGGGUCUCCAGCUCAGAGCUGAUGUGUUCGUCGCCAACACCCCGCCGUGGCCUGGACCUGCGCUUCCUGCGUGAGAUGGACUUCGCCCUCUGCCCACUGCCAGAUCCAGGCUCCCUGGCCGGGACCACCACCACCACUUUCAGCACUAAGACCCGCUGGUGGUUCUCCAAGCACAAGCCUGCAGCGUCCUCCAAGGGUGUGUUCGAGAAGAGCUCCGAGACCAUCAAGGCGUUCCCUUUCCACGCGGGCAAACCCCAUGACUUCCCCGGGUCCAACAGUGCUGUCUCCUCCGCCAAGUACGAGUUCGGGGAGGAGGAGGCCGCACUGCCCAAGCUGGGCCCCGAGGAGUACUGGGCCAAUUACGGCAACGAAGACGCAGCCGCCACCUCCAUGCGCUGCUUCGAGCUCGAAUGUCCCCCCAGUUUUGACUUACCCUCCCUGCCCUCCUCCUCUUCCUCCGCCGCCCCUUUCCUUACCUUCCUUCACCUCUGUGCCGUCACUCUCUUCAUGCACAUGCUCUUUGGCUGACUGCUCACCGGUCCCCUUCGUCCUGCAGAUUUGAAAACCCCCCUUUUUCCUUCACUGCCCCCAAACACCCGUAUCUUGAUUCCUCUCAGUUGACUUUCCUGGACCUCCAGUCCUUUAGGAGGCGCCGUACUGGAAAGAACUGUGGGAUUCUGUGGAUACAGGAGGGACAGUGGGAAAAUAAAUUCAGCCGCUGCUGCUCUCGCUAAAGCACAAAACAGGAACAGAAUGGCUGAUCAGAACAGCCAGGGCUGUAAGUAAAAAAAAAUUACGGUUUCUGAUAUUUCAGUUUUCUACUGACAGUCCAGUGUAAUGGCACCUGUGGUGCUGAUGUCAUUGUACUGUAGGUACUAUUGAGCUAAUGCUUACACUGUUACAGCUACUUCUACUUUGGUCAACUUUUAUUCCUACUGCUGCUACUUAAACUACCACAGCACUACGAUUUUUUUCUACUCUUACUAUUUACUUACAAUAGUUAGUGCAGCAUGCAUAAAUAUGGCUGCAGAUGCCUCUCGCUGGCAGCAGGGGGCAGCGAUGGCCUCACUGUUGUCCUCACUGUCGCUGCUGGCAUGCACGGUGAUAUCAGUGUGAGAAACUGUAGCUCCUGCUCCAUUAGCAGACGCCUUCCACCGCCGCCGCUCUCAGUUUUGGCUGUAAACCGUUUUAAAGUCGGCGAGGUAAGAUGUUGCCAGACAGAUGCUCCGUUCUCUUUUAACAAGCUAACGUGAGCCUGAUGAGAUUGGGACCAGUCAGCCCUGAUCACAGGCAGGACAUGGGGGCUAACAGGAGGCGUGCGGCGGCCGGCGUGGCAGAGUGGUGAGCGGACAGGUCCUGUCUCUCAGGACCCCCAGUGCCUUCAGAGCGUGAGGACACACCAGCAGGGUCACAGGGUCAUGACAGCUGUGGCGCCUUUUGCUACAGCCUGUCUGUGUCUUUUUCAGCAAUGAUUGUUGUUGUGGGUGACAAGGCUUCCCAACAGGCUCAUAUCCCCUCCCAGCUUACCUUUACCUUCCAGCAGAGGGAGCUCUUACAACUGGGGGAGCCAGACUGGACCGGAUUAGGAGGGACAGGGCUCAAGCCCAGCAGACUGAACAGACAGACAGAGGUAUACAGACAGACAGGGAGAUACAGGCAUACAGACCCAUGGACAAAGCAGCAGACAGACAGAGAAAUGGACAGAUGGAUAGUCAAAGAGGCAGGGAGACAGACAGGCAGGGAGAUAAACAGAUAAGGCAAAUAAAGACAGAAAGGCAGACAGACAAAGAGCAGAGCAUCAUGGGCCUUGGCUUGUGCUGCCACUGAGCUUGGCAGAGAUGUGCCCUGUGAGAUGACUGCCAUCACACCAGUGGGCAUGCCGGACGGCCCGCUGAGUGGCGCUGACACAGGGAGCCACCUCCUGCUGAGUCCGUGAAGACAGGGGAGUUUCGGGGGACAGCUCAACAGGUACAGCAGCCCUGCUGGGGACAGUUGUAGCCCUGAAGUUACCCAGCUGGACCAACCCCUCCCCAGAGCAUAGCAGAUGGCCAGAUGAUCCAUCAGAGAGAGAGAGGAAGAGAGAGACAGAGAGAGAGAGGGAAAGAAGUCAAAGCAGGAUGUGAGGAUCAGAGAAACAUGCAUGGAGGAGAAGCCAGUGUGACUGCUUUUUACUCUGUGAAUGUGUGUGUGUGUGAGUGUGUGUGUGUGUGUGUGUGUCUGUGUGAGUGUGUGCGCCAGCUGGAACGACUUUAACUCUACAUUUAAUGCUCGUGAA